AUGGUCUCUCAAACAACCCCUCACCGAGCCCAUGCGCUCGCCUUAGCUCUUCUGGCCACAGGCUCUCUUGUAACUGCUGGGCCCUGCGAUAUUUACUCUUCUGGGGGUACUCCUUGCGUCGCAGCACACAGCACCACUCGAGCUCUCUACAGCGCAUACAGCGGAUCACUCUACCAGGUGAAACGUGGCUCUGAUAAUGCCACGACUAACAUUGCGCCGCUUUCUGCUGGAGGAGUGGCCAAUGCUGCCGCCCAAGAUUCUUUCUGCGCUAGCACAACUUGCCUUAUUACAAUCAUUUAUGAUCAGUCUGGCCGAGGCAACCAUCUCACCCAGGCUCCUCCCGGUGGCUUCAGCGGACCAGACUCAGGGGGGUAUGAUAACCUGGCCAGUGCAAUUGGAGCGCCGGUUACACUGAAUGGGCAAAAGGCAUAUGGCGUGUUCAUCUCUCCAGGCACAGGGUACAGAAACAACGCUGUUUCCGGGACUGCGACAGGUGACGCGGCGGAGGGCCUGUAUGCUGUGCUUGACGGCUCUCAUUAUAAUGAUCAAUGUUGCUUUGACUAUGGCAACGCCGAGACAAGCAGCCGAGACACUGGCAAUGGCCAUAUGGAGGCUAUCUACUAUGGUAAUUGCGAUGUUUGGGGCUCAGGAUCUGGCUCAGGACCAUGGCUUAUGGCAGACUUGGAAAACGGCCUAUUCAGUGGAGCCAACCCAAAGAACAAUGCUGCGGAUCCAUCACUCUCGUACCGAUUUGUUACAACAGCUCUGAAGGGAGAAUCCAACCAAUGGGCGCUUCGCGGUGGAAACGCUGCUUCUGGCUCUCUAUCAACAUACUAUAGCGGCGUGCGCCCCAGCGUCUCUGGCUAUAACCCCAUGAGCAAAGAGGGUGCUAUCAUUCUGGGAAUUGGUGGGGAUAACAGCCACGGAUCACAAGGUACCUUCUAUGAAGGCGUAAUGACCUCUGGUUAUCCAUCCGAUGCUACUGAAAACUCGGUUCAGGCCAACAUUGUAGCGGCGAAGUAUGCUACAACUUCCCUAACAAGUGGACCAGGUCUCAGUGUCGGAUCGCACAUCUCUCUGCGUGCCACAACAUCUUGCUGCACCACUCGCUACAUCGCUCACACCGGCUCUACUGUGAAUACGCAGGUUGUAUCAUCUUCCAGCGCCACUGCUCUCAAACAGCAGGCUAGCUGGAUCGUUCAUGCCGGCCUUGGAAACAGCGCCUGCUAUUCAUUUGAGUCUGUUGAUACCCCUGGAAGUUAUAUCAGGCAUUAUAACUUUGCACUACAAGUGAACGCUAGUGACGGCAGCAAGCAGUUCAACGAAGAUGCCACGUUCUGUCCGCAGGCUGGUCUCAAUGGCCAAGGCAAUUCUAUCCGAUCAUGGAGCUACCCUACGAGAUAUUUCAGGCAUUAUAACAAUGUUCUGUACAUUGCAAGCAACGGUGGUGUUGAUACUUUCGAUGCCACCAGCCUGUUCAAUGACGAUGUGAGCUUCGUAAUCUCUUCCGGCUUUGCUUAA